AUGCCCCAAGCAACUUCAAUUCCAGGAGUCCUCUCCUCCUUCACCGAAAAGUGGUCCCCUCGUCUCGUCGCCUCAAUAAACGACCACGACGUCAAAGUCGCCAAAAUUGACGGUGCAUUCAUCUGGCACGCCCACCCAGACUCAGAAGAACUUUUCUAUCUCCUAUCCGGAAAGUUGACAAUGGAGAUCCAAGGCGAAGAGCCAGUGGUCAUGAAGGAAGGCGAUAUAUAUGUUGUGCCAAAGGGUGUGACGCAUAAACCCGUUGCAGAGAAUGCGGUCAUCAUGAUGGUGGAGCGUGAAGGAACGGCCAAUACGGGAGAUCAGACGGACUCUGAAAGGACAAAGACAGCAAAAGAUAUGAGGGCGGAGAAGUUGGGGGAAUAG